CUGAAAAGGGGCAGGGCUCAUACUAUAAAUGCAGGCAGAUCAUCUGAGAACUAGGGCAACUUACUCUGAAACAAUUUGAUUGCAUUGAAAUUCAGCGUUUGACAGAAGAGAGAAUCAUGUCUUUUUUUAGAUAUCCUUUCACAGCCAGCAAGACUGUGAGGAACAGAGCGUUAAUAGUGUCAGUGGGGAACUUCUAUCCAGAUGUAGAUCUGAGCAGGAGAAGCGGCGUGAAGAAAGACACUCAAAGGCUUCACAAAAUCCUCACCAAACUCGGCUUCUCUGUGGAAAUCAAAAUAGACAUUGAAGCAGAAGAGAUCUAUGAAGCAUUUAAAGCAGAGAGCGAGAAGACGGUCAAAGACUGUUUUAUGGGCAUCAUAUCCAGUCAUGGUGAGGAGGGUGUUGUGUUUGGUGCUGACGGACAUGCCGUGAAACUGUCAGAGAUCUACAGCUACUUCAGAGGCCCGUCAAUGACGGACAAGAGCAAACUCUUCCUGAUCCAGGCUUGUCGAGGUCAUGGGUUGGACGGAGGUGUGGAGGUGGAGACAGACUCCUCUUCAUCCUCAGAGGAAGAGUACGGCAUGUCUGAGCUUUUUUCCAUUCCUAUUGACACUGCAGUUAUGUACGCCACACCACCAGGUUACGCUGCGUUCAUGCAUCCGACAGGCGCAGUGUUGAUUCAGACUCUCUGUAAUUUGCUGGAAAAGGAAGGAGGUCCAGAUCUGGAGAUCACAAAACUUCUGACUCGACUAAACUACCAGGUGGCCUACAACUUCCAAUCGAGAGGGGAAAAGUUGGGCGGCAAAAAGCAGAUGCCGUGCUUCGUGACGCGCUUUACCAGAGAAGUUUUCCCGUUCAGCAGGACGGCAGCAGCAGAAGAUUUGAGCUUGACCUUUGCUGCCACAAAACUCAUCGAUGAACCCAGAAGGUUACGGAAGAGCUCCAUCAGCUGAAGAUCAUUUAACAGAGACUGGCUAAAAUAUGUGGAGAAACGGCUUCUUGUUAGACAUCUAUAUCAUCUCAUGUGACGAGAUAACAUAACUUUGCAUGAACUUGCAUCGGCAGCAGGAAGUCAGCUGAUGGGAAACGUGCCGGAUGUGUUCCUUUGAAGUCUU